AUGCGGUGCGCGAAAAAAGCCGCUGAGAGCGCGUCUGCGCGUCUCUGUGCGGACGCCGAAGCAGAAACAACAGCAACUGAUGUCUCAUCGGUUGCUAAAGCGUCUCAUCCUGUGUCACUUGGUGAUGCAGGCGCUCGUCAUGAAGACACUCGUGUCUUCACAGAGUACGAGCUCGGUGUCUCGUACUCUCCUGAUACGGAUGACGGAUCCGUAUCGACGGCGAUUGAAUCCAAGCCGCCUGCCAAGCGUGGCAUGGAUGAUGCUACGCGUCUUAGCAUCUUCGGUUAG